AUGGCUCCGUACAACCACACAGAGGCCGAGUUGCCAUACGCUACUCACGUCUUGGGAGGGCAGGAGGUCAUGACCAACCAAGGAAGGGCCCAGGCGAUAAUUGAUUGGAACCUGAGUCAGCCGGCGCAUCAGAGGGAAGUCACCACUUUCACCUCACCAGCCCAAGACCAGAUGGUGCCGGGCUUUGCCACCAACACCAGCCAUUUGGGCAGCAUUGGCAUGUUUCCGACUCCCCAGCCUUCCACGGUUCACUCGAGUGGCUUUGCAACGAACCCGAACCCGUUCGUUCACAACUAUCCGCUCCAAUACUCCCACGCCCCGGAAGGCUACCAGCACACGUACCAAAGCCAGGCCGCCACGCAGUAUUCUGGAUGGAACAACGCGAGUUCUGACAUCGAGGAGGCCUCGAGCCUGAACAACAACCCCUUCGCUACUUUGUCCAGUGGCGCAUAUCAGCACGCUCCGGCCAGUGUGUUUGGCCGGGAGUCCACUCCCAGAAACAUGUUCCCUCCCCAGUCGCACUUUGUCGGUCACGGCUACUCGGCGAGCAGUCCGGAUGCUGUUGCAGAUGUACAGAGCCAUGACAUGAGUGACGCUGACGCACAAGACGCACUCAUCCAGAACUAUGCCAUGGGACAACCUUCUUUCCGUAGCAAGGCCGCUUUCGCCGGCCCCAACGGGACUUUGAGCCGAGACUUGAACGCUUCUUUCGAUACCAGUGUCUUUAAUGUCGGCAACGCUUCAGCUCUCUCCCAGAACCUCAGGCAUGGCUUUCAGUCCAGCCCUUCCUCGCGUCUCAAGCAGGGCAUCUCCUCUAGGCCCUCCGACUUGCCUUUGAGCCGUCACUUGAACGCUUCAUUCGAUACGAGCAACGUUGAUGUCUACGGUGCUUCCAGUGUCUCCCACGGCCUCGUUCAUGGCCUUCAGUCCAACGAAGCCGAGAGAGUCGUCGACGAGGACGCCAAGUCCGACAAGACCGAGUCCCUCGACUGGGGCUCCGACAUGACAAACGACGGAUGCCACAACCAGUUUGACAAGGCGGACUCUCUUGAUUGGGAUCCCGAGAGGACCAACGACGGACCCAAAGACCGCAAUUUCGACAACCUCAGCAGCCCUAUCGGCCCUGGCCACAGCCCUGGUCCGUACCCCGCGCCUACUGAGCAGCAGAUCAGGAGCUCCGCCCGGUACCGAGUGUGGGAUGAGCGUGAGAAGGCCGCCGUCAUUCAGGCUGUCUUGUGGGGCCAGAUAGCCCUUGAACAUUUGGACUUCAACGACCGCUGGGACAAGAUCUCGCAGCAUCUGGCCACGCACUACAAAGUCCUUCGCCUGCCAAGUGCCAUCCGCCAGCGCUGGGAGAACCAUAUCGCCGAUGACUUCAAUCGCAACUUGUACUGGAACGAGAUGCCCGAGUCCCUGAAGGACCUGAAGGCCAAAUACGCCCAGUCCAAACAGGAUGAGCACCAGACGGCCGAGCAGGAAAAAGGCCAGCACUCUCAGCAACGGGAUUCCAGGUCGUCUCAGAAGCAGAAAAGCCAGCAUGCUGAGCAGGAGCCGCUCAUCGUCGGUGAAAAGCGCAAGCGCGUCUCCGACAGUCUGGACGACGACAACAACGACACCUUCCGUCCCUCCACCCCCAUUACGGCCAACAGCACUACCGAGCUUCGUGCUGCGACACCGCACACAUUCCCCGCCGCAAAGAAGCCCAGGCGCUCGACCGCCAUCCCCGUCACCGUCACCACGCCGAUCCCACAACUCCGCCUCCCCUCGUCCUUCAUCAGCGGCUGCAACAGCUCCAACCUCAGGUCCCCUAAUGGUAACAGCUUCGCCCGCCGGCCUGCCCCCAGCUCCGCCCCCAGCACCACCACAAACGAGACGCCGAACGACGCCGCCAACCCGCCCACCCAGCGCCAGCCCCAGCGCCGGCCCCAACCCCAACGCCAGCACCGCUCCCCAUCCACCACCGUCACUCCCCGCUCCCCACGCAGCAGCACCACCAAGCGCGCCGGCCCGCCACGCCGCCGCCACCUCAGCAGCGCGACACCAACCCCACGAUCCAGCAACAGCAACAACAGCAGCGUAGGCAACAGCACGGGCACGGGUACCGGCAUCAGCAGCACCGCCAACACCAUCACCGACACCGGCACCGACACCGGCACCAACACCAUCACAAGCACCAGCACCAACACGAACCGCCGCGCCCCCACCAUCUCCGUCAACACGCGCCUCCUCGUCGUCGGACAGAAGGUGCUGGAUACCUUCACGGCGCGUAGCGGGGGUCUGGCGCUGCCGGAAGACGCGGCGGCGAUCUUGCGGGAUGCGGUGGAGGAGUUUGCGCCGUUUGCGGUUGCGGAGAGGAAGGCAGAGGCGGAGGGAAAGGCGAAGGCGGUUGUGUUGGAUGUCGGUGGUGGUGAGGAGGAGGGUAAGGGUGGUGAGGGUGGGGUUGAGGCCCGUGAGGGAGUGCAGGUGCAGGUGCAGGGCAGGUCGUGGGCGGGGGAGGGAGUCGAAGAGGAGAAUCCGGUGGAGAUUAAGGCCCGGCUGGAGGGGUUGUGUAUUGGUGUUGGUAAGAGCUUCUUGUAUACGUUGGAGGAGCAAGAGGAGGGUGAUGGGGAGGGCGAGGCUGCUGCUUGA